CGGAUGUGGUAACGACUGCAGGAUGACCCCUCGCAGCAAACUUUUCACCUGUCACGGCAAUUCAGCACUGCGAGCCGCGGAGUGCGCGAAGGGGUCGGAGGAAUAUCACAGCUCGUGCAGGGUGCUGCUCUGCUGGACCACCCAGACGUCCGAGAAGAUGAGCCGCGCCAUGGAGCUCUGGUCGUCACGCUCGUCGGGCAGGGCGAGCGCGAUGCUGGCCGCGUACGCGAGCUUCGCCCUGACGUGCCAGACCGCGGGGGGCCGGAAGCACACGGGGCCCGCGGGGAAGCUCCUCGCGGCCCGCACGUCCGCGCGCCCCUCGUCCCGCUGGGCCCGCAUGUCCUGGUACGCCUCCUGCACCAGGAGAGCCCAGGAUCGGAUCGACAAGUCGGAUCGGCGAUCGACAUGA